AUGGCACGCAACUUGACACUAAACUCCACCAUGCGGGGAGUCAUGUGGGAAGGAGAAUUGCAAAAUGUUGCAAUUCGGGACAUUCCCGUCCCGAAUAUUACUGAAUCCACCGAUGCUCUCGUUCGCGUUCGAUACGCAGGUAUCUGUGGAACGGACAUCCAUAUCACCAAUGGAUACUCCCCCCGAGAGGACGCAGCAUGGAGUCUUGGCCAUGAAGCCAUGGGGAUUGUCGAAUACAUCGGCAACGCAGUAAACGAAGUCUCGGUGGGGGACUACGUCGUCGUUCCAGAUGGAGUGCAUACUGCCUCGUUCGCAAUGGUACCGGAGGAAAUGGAAUGGUACGCCACCCAGUUGGGUGGCGCCCAAUCUGAGUACGUGCGUGUUCCCCAUGCCGACUACAACUUGAUCCCGAUCCCCGACUCAGAUACCCUGAAUUCCACUCGGGAAAUCGACUACUUGUUCGUCGGUGACAUUUUUGCCACGGGCUGGACGUCUCUCAACUUUGCUGGGUUCGAGAGUGGCGACACAGUGGCCAUCUUCGGCGCAGGCCCUGUCGGCCUCCUUGCCACACAUUCUGCUAUAAUUCGCGGUGCAUCGAAAGUGUAUGUGGUCGAUUACGUUCCAGAACGCUUAGCACUUGCGGCCUCUAUUGGCGCUAUACCUAUCGAUUUUACUGCAUCCGACCCGGUGGAACAAAUCUUGGCCCUGGAGCCAGAUGGUGUUCGACGGUCGAUUGAUGCAGUGGGAUUCGAGGCAGUCAAUGCAACACUCGAUGUCCAAACCGACAUUGUCAUCCGGAACAUGGUCGCCGUCACUGGGUAUAAUGGAGGCAUGGGUGGAGUUGGCGUUUAUGAGAACCUCGAUGGCCUCGACGAAAGCCGUACAGGAACACAUAUCCCUUCCCACAUUGAAUUUCCCAUUUCGGAGUUCUUCUACAAAGGGUUGACUUGGGGAAUCGGACCAGUGGAUGUGAAACUGGUGGCACCGGAGCUUGUGCGGCUUAUCAACGAGGGGAUAGCAAGACCCAGCUUCAUCGUCAGCAGUGUGGUUGGGAUUGAGGAAGCGCCGGAUGCAUAUCGACGAUUUACUAACAAGGAAGAAAUCAAGGCUGUCAUCCGUUUCUAG